AUGGUGGAUACCAAGGUAUCGGCGGAUGCAGGGCCUCAAGGCGAAAAAGGCGGGGGAAAGGGAAGCGGCGAGAAGGCCUUGAGUGAGAAAGCGCAGGCACGGAAGCGGGCGAAGCUGGAGAGGCUAAAGAAGAAACUGGCGCAAAAGAAAGCAGCCAAGCGUGGACCUGGCAGCAAAGAGGCAGGCGAGGCGGCAGGGGGGCCAACGGCCGUAGGGAAUGGGCGUGGGGGCGAGGAGAGGGAAGGGAAGCGGAGGCGCAUGGUGAAGCACCCCAUGCGAGUGGCGGGGCAGCGGCCAGGCGAGCAGUGCUUCUCGUGUGGCGCCGCAAACCACGCCGCCAAGGAUUGCCCGAAACGAAAGGAGUGCAAAGUGUCCAAGGUGUGUCUCUUCUGCCGGCAGUGGGGCCAUGUGGUCAGCGAGUGCCCGCGAGCUGCCUCGGCGUCCGCGCCCGCUGUGCUGCAGCCGCCAGGCGCCUCUGGCGAGCAGGGGACGGGGGAAGCAGCAUUCGAGGGAGAAGGGCGUGAGCAAGACGACAAGAGUGCGGGCGGCACAGAGGGGCUGGGAGUGGGGGUCUGCUACAACUGUGGCUCCACGCGCCAUCGCCUGCACAACUGCCCUUUGCCGCGAGCCAACGACCCACUGCAUGGUGUUGCAACCAUGCUGGAUGUCACAUUGCAACCGGGGCGCUGCAUUAAGGUUCGUGUCUUCACUUGCACAUGGUUCACUGCUGUGUGCUUCUGCCCCUGCUCUGUGCUUCUGCCCCUGCUGUGUGCUUCUGCCCCUGCUGUGUGCUUCUGCCCCUGCUGUGUGCUUCUGCCCCUGCUGUGUGCUUCUGCCCCUGCUGUGUGCUUCUGCCCCUGCUGUGUGCUUCUGCCCCUGCUCUGUGCUUCUGCCCCUGCUGUGUGCUUCUGCCCCUGCUGUGUGCUUCUGCCCCUGCUCUGUGCUUCUGCCCCUGCUCUGUGCUUCUGCCCCUGCUGUGUGCUUGGAGUGCGUGCAGGGCGCCACAUCUUUCCUGGAGGAGAUGACUUGGGGGACGACUUUGGGGACGCUGUUUUGCAGCCACUGCAGGCGAAGCGGGGGGAUCAGCAGAAUGGGGAAGGUGGUGCUUUAGAUGAUUUUGAAGAAGCUCAAGGUAGCGAUGAUGAGUUGCUUAUGGGGAACGAGACCGCCGGUCGCUCACUUCCCCCCUUUCUCCCUCCCAUUUCCCCGGAUGUGCCCCCUCAUUCCCACCCCCUCCCCUUUCCCCCUCUUGUUCCCCCCCCAUUCACCUGCUCAUUUCCUCCCCUUCUGCCUCCUAUUGCCCCAUUCGCUGCCUCUCAUUUUCGCCCCUUCUCCCUCUCAUUCACCCCCCCCUUCUCCCUCUCGUUUCCCCCCCUUCUCCCUCGCAUUCACCCCCCCUUCUCCCUCUCGUUUCCCCCCCUUCUCCCUCUCGUUUCCCCCCCUUCUCCCUCUCAUUCACCCCCCCUUCUCCCUCUCGUUUCCCCCUUCCCCCUCUCGUCUACCCCCCUCCCCCCUCUCAUGUCCCCACUUUCUCCUUCUCAUUUUUCCCCAUUCUCCGUCUCAUCCCCCCCCACCUUCUCAAGCUCACCUACCCCCUUUCUCCCUCUUAGCUCCUCUCUUCCUACGCCCUGCUUCCCCCUUUACUCUCUCGUCCCUACACCCUUCAUUCCCCUCUCCGCUCUCUACCUUAUACCCUUCUACCUCCUUUGCCCUCUCUAUCUUACACCCCUCUUGAUCUAUUCUCCACUCUGCCUUACUCCCUUCUUCCACCUUUCCCCUCUCUACUCCACACCCUUCUUCUCCCACCAUGCGUUCUCCCCCUUAUAUCCUGCUAAGCCCCAUUUCCCUCUCUUCCCUACACCCUGCUUCCCCCUCUCUCUUCUCUGCCUUACGCCCUGCUUUCCCCUUUCCCCUAUCUUCCCUACACCCUUCUUCCCUCUUUCUACCCGCGCUGCUUCCCUUUUUCCCUAUCUCCCUUUCCCUCUUUCACCCUGCUUCUUCCGUACCCCCUUCUGCCCCCACCUUGCGUCCUCUCUUUUUACGCCCUGCUUCCCCCUGUCCCCUCUCUGCCUUACGCCCUUUUUCCCCCUCUCUCCACUCUGCUUUACCCCCCGCUUCCCCGGUACCCCUAACCCGCCUCCCCGUUUCCCCUUCCCGCCUCCCCAUUACCCCUUCCCACCUCCUCGUUUCCCCUUCCCACUCCCCAUUACCCCUUCUCGCUUCCCCCUAUCCCUUCGCGCCUCCCCGUUUCCCCUUCCCGCCUCCCCAAUUCCCCUUCCCGCUUCCCCAUUACCCCUUCCCACCUCCCCGUUUCCCUUUCCCUCCUCCCCAGUUCUCCUUCCCGCCUCCCCAUUUCCUCUUCCCUCCAUGCCCUCGUAA